AUUUUCUUCAUCUUCUUCUUCAUCUUCGUCUUCUCCGCCGUGGGCGGUGGCGGUGGUUGUUGUCUGAUCUUUCGAGGGCUCUUCGCGGCGGCGGCGGACGACAUGGAGUGCAGGCCCCUGGAGGUGACGGUGAUCUCGGCCAAGGACCUCAAGGACGCCAACGUCUUCGGCAAGAUGGACCCCUACGUCGUCGCCUCCCUCUCCGGCGACAAGCGGAACAAGGGGAAGCAGCGCACCCCCGUCCACAAGGACGGCGGCACGUCCCCCCGCUGGGGCCACGCCCUGACGGCCUUCACCGUCGACGUGACCGCGGCCCGCGCCGGCCGCCUCACCCUCAAGCUCAAGAUCAAGGCCGAGCGGACCCUCGGCGGCGACAAGGACGUCGGCAGGGCCGUCGUGCCCGUCGGGGAGCUGCUCGAGCAGGGCGGCGACGGGAAGCCCAAGGCGAUGAGCUACGCUGUGAGGCUGCCGUCCGGGAAGACCAGGGGCGUCCUGGAGUUCUCUUACAAGUUCGGCGAGCCGUUCACCGUGGCGGUGCCCCCCGCGCCAGCGGCGAAGAAGGCGGGCGAGCCGUUCAUGGCGUACCCGGCCGCCGCGUACCCGCCGCCACCGAUGCACGGGGCGGCGUCGUCGUACCCUCCGCCGCAGGGAUAUCCGCCGCAGGGGUACAUGUAUCCGCCGAACGCCGCGCCGGGAUACAGUUACCCUCCGCCGCAGGGAUACGCUUACCCUCCGCCGCAGGGAUACGGGUACGCAGCCCCACCGCCGGCAUACCAGCAGCCGCCGAAGAAACACGGCAGCGGCGCCGCGGGGUUGGGAAUGGGGUUGGUGGGCGGGCUGCUCGGCGGGAUGAUCAUCGGGGACGCGAUAUCGGACGUGUCGUCGUACGACGCCGGAUACGACGCCGGGUUCGGUGACGGUUUGGAUAUGUAAACUGAGUUUUCUUUCUUGUUCUUUGCUGUCUUCCUUCCUCCCGCCUUUUCCCCUUUUGUUCUGAACUGAUGAUGUCUCGAGCUAUAUGAGAUGUCCUCCUUUUUCUUCAUGAUGUGUAAAUGAAAUGGAUCGGUUUCAUGGGUGCUAAAUUAGCGAUCUU